UUUUUAAUAAUAUAUAAAUAUUAAUGAUUAAAUAACCUAUAAAUGUUAACAAUUUUUCCGUGCAAAAAUAUGCUUAUGCGCAUCAUUAUAAUAUAGUUAAUACUUGGGAAAGAGUGAAUACGUAAGAUAUUCAGCAGUGAACAAAAAUGUCGAAUAAACAUCUAUUUCAAAAAUAUGGAUUUUUGCGUGCACCUUUUGCCAUUGGUGUUGGUCGUUAUGUGUGUCAAUUACAAAGAGUAACUAUAAAAUUUUGUAAAAAUCACGGUGCUAGUCUUGGAGCUAGGAAUUUUAUAGAAUAUGAUUUAAUUAAUUAUGCAAAAGAAAAUCCUGGAGUUGUAGUAUAUGUUAAACCAAGAAGACAUAAAUAUCCAAUUUUAAAAGCGGAAUAUUUAAAUGGAGAGACACAUUGGAUGUCUAUUGCUAAUUAUAGUAGAGAGGACAUUAUACAAUGGAUGGAAUUAUUAAAAACUCAGUAUCAUAAUGGUCCAGAUUACAGAUUACUUAAAUUAUGGCACACAGAUUUUCCUUCUAUUCAAGGACCUUGGACACCUUUUACUUUUAAAGAAUCAUCUUUGAAUCAAAUUCAAUUCCCAAAUAAAAAAUUUGGAGAAUGUAUUAAAUUGGAACCAACAGCUACAGAGGAAUUGAUUAGAUUGUUUAAAGAACAACAAGAAGCUGAAAAACUCAAUGAAGAAAAUAAGAUUCAAGAAAAUGUUAAUUAAAUGAUAAUUUUCAAUGUUAAAUAAUUAACUAAAAAUUAACAUAUUCUGAAUCAAAGCUUAUUAUAGCUUUUUAAAAUAAUAUUUGAUUUGUUUAUUUUUAU